CUUCUGGGACGUCACAGUGUGCCAUCGUUCGCUAACUCGAUCACAUACCGGCUCUUUCCCGGCCUCUCCAGUACGUCAUCAACAUCAUGAAACUUUUGGUGAUCUUCGCUCUCCUGUCCUUGGUGGCCGUGGCCGCCUCCUAUCCUUCGGACAUCGUCGACUUCGAGUUGGACAACCAAGAGCAGGAGCAGGAGGGCCAAGCUGGCAAGGCCGUCGAUGGAGAGUACUCCUGGGUUGCUGCUGACGGCACCGAGUACUACGUGAAGUACGUCGCCGACCACCUCGGCUAUCGCGUACUCGAGAGUAAUGCCGUGCCCGGUGCAAAGGGGUAUGACAAUGCUGGGUAUGACGGAGAAGAAGAGGACGAUUAACGCCACUGUGAUCAGGAUAGAUUUGGGGAGGUGGGGGGUGAAGAUUUCAACGCUUCGCUGAAAGUGAUCUAAUGCUAGUUUAUGAUAUACAAGUCCAUUAAAACAUGCAUGAUUUUGGGAGGGAGAUUUCAACGCCAUGUUGAAAGUGAUCUAAUAAAAUUAUACGAAUAUUUGGGCUUUUACUUUAUUUUAUAAAGAUUUUUUAGGAUGUAAUUGACGAUGUAAAGAAAUGAUUUCCAUUAACAACAUUGAUUUGGGAGGGAGGUUUAAAGAGAUCUGAUGCCAGUUUAUGCAUAUGAAUAUGUAUAUAUAUUUUCUUAUAAAUAUUCUUAAAUGAUGUAAAUGACAAUCUAAAGAAAUCGUUUCUGUAAACAACAUAGAUUUGGGGAGAUUUCAAUGCCCUUCUGAAAGCAGUCUAAUUCCAGUUUACUAAUAUGUUUUUAUAUUGUUUUCCAGUUCAUAGCUGUAAUUGGUUUUUGAUGAAAUCUCAAAAUUUUAUCUUAUGAGGAAAAAUUGUUGGGCUAUAUUUCAUAAAAGGGUUAAAUUAUUGGGGAAGUUUCUGGAAUUUGGAAAAUUGUUACUGGAAGACCCAUGAGAAAUUUAAACUAAAUCUUUGUUUUUAAUACGUAAUUAUUAUCUUGGCAAUGCAAGUAAUAUAAAACUUAUUAUGUAUGAACUUAAGUCUUAGAGCAAUUAAAGCUUUCAGUUUGUCUCAUUCCUUUUUACAUCUGAAAAACAAUCUGUUCUGUAAAUUAAAGAUUUGUGUUUAUAUUUGAAUAAAAAAACUAAUGCAA